GCCUAUACCCGUCAACAACCAACGAGCAGGACCGGCUUUCUCCCUCUUGUAGCUCCAGAAUCCGACGUUGUCUUUGGCAAUUCUAAUCCUUUUCUUACUUAGGAUCUCGAAAUCAAUUAAACUGAACUUAGAGGGUUUUCUUCACGAUCCAGCUUACCUCAAGCAUCCCCCAUCAUGGCUUCCCCAGCUGUCACCUCCGCUUUACAGCAGAUCGAGGCAACGUCGGCCAACGAAAAGCCCUCUCAGUAUACCGCCCUCCUCCAACAGAUAGUCGAAACAUCGAACAAUGUUGCCGCCGAUCUGAACGCAUACGCACAAACUCUCCUUGACGACUCUCUUGGCAUAGUAGUCCUCCGACCACUUCUUGCUGCUUUCGUGGACGCUUACCGGACGGUCAAAGAUCCAGAUGCAAAGAUUGAUGUUGGAGAGAAAGUUAUCACACUCCUACAAUCCAAGGGCGCGGGUCAGUACGAGGAACAAGAUACACAAAUCAAGCAUGCUCUGGCAGACGCGUUCGAGCAGAACGACGAUUUCAGGCGGUCUGCGCAGACACUUGCAACCAUAAACCUCGAGUCGACACAAAAGUCAGUUUCUGCGGAUGAUAAGGCGAAAGUUUGGAUUCGAAUAGUCCGGUGUUACUUGGAGGAAGAUGAUCCGACAAGCGCAUUCACACACUUGAACAAGAUCAAGAACAUCAUAUUCAACGUGCAGGACAAGGCAACCAAGGUCAUGUUUCAGUUGAGUCAAGCCCGAAUCCUUGACUCGCAACGAUCCUUCCUCGAUGCCGCGCAGGGAUACUACACCUUGAGCAACGAGCCCCUAGUCGACACUGAGGAGCGGGACGGCUUUCUCGGAAGAGCUAUCAUCUGUACGGUCCUCGCUCCUGCCGGUCCACAGCGAGGCAAGAUGUUGGCCAAGCUGUACAAAGACGACCGAGCUAGUUCUGCUGAAGACUACGCCAUCCUCGAGAAGAUCUUCUUGAAUCGUCUCCUUACACCCGCUGAGAUCAAGGCCUUUUCCGCUAAGCUCGAUCCUCACCACCUUGCCCGAGGCGCCGACGGCCUGACUGUGCUUGACAAGGCCAUUCUCGAACACAACUUGCUCGGCGCAUCGAAGCUCUACAACAACAUUGGAUUUGAUCAAUUGGGCGAGCUAUUGGGUAUAGAUGCGGAGAAGGCAGAAGACUAUGCGGCGAAGAUGCUGGAGCAAGGACGACUUGCCGGAUACAUUGACCAAAUCGACCGAUACGUCUUCUUUGAGGGCGAGGCCAGUGGCGAACGCAAGACUGGACAUGCAGAGCGCGUUGUAGGCAAGGAGCUACGGAAGUGGGAUGCCAAUGUCACUGGUCUGGCAGAGGAGGUGGAGAAAGUCACUUCGAUGAUCCAGAACCAAUAUCCUGACUUCUAUGCGUCGCAGGUGGUGCACUAGCAUGGAAUUAGUGCAUCCAGCAGCGGAUCGACGAGGAGCAGAUAGUGCAUAAACGGCGUCAAGGGAUCGCAUAUACCCAGUGUACACUUAGACAUGAUGAAUACGAGCAUAAGAGCCUAAGACGUCGUUCUGAUUCCAAACAGAUUGCGUCGGUCUGACAACUCUGCGGCCAGCGUGCUCAUGGUAUCGACACAUAUAUGAUACAUUCGAAAGACUCAUGACAAGACAUUGCUGAUUCCCACAAUGCCACAGCUAUUGUACACUCUUCUUCUCCUCUUGCCCCAAUGCCGCCUCGUACUCCUCCAAACUCUUAACCUCCAAAUCACUGAUCUUCAAGACGGUGAAAUGCAGUUUGCUCUUUACGUGUUUGGUGUGUCUUUGCCUCCUCUUGGUCUUCUCCUCUAUUCUCAAUGGUUCGCUC